AAAAAAAAAAAAAAUUUCUUUUCAUCACCUCAUCACUUGUAGAUACUUUUUUUCAAAGUGGCGUCAAAUCGUGAUUAUAUCGAAUAUAAUAAACUCUAUGAAGAAAAAAGUGUUAUACAAGAGGAGAUUAAUGAUGAUUCGAAAAAAGAUUCAGUUAGUACGUUUAAUGGCGAUUAUGAAUUACAUUUAGAUGAUGAACCUACGUCACCAACUUUCAUUGAGAAUGAUCCAAAAAAUUGGACAGAUUUUAAGAAAAAUGCUAUUCUUACUAUAGUAACUAUAGCUGCAAUGCUUUCUCCAAUUGCAAACACAAUAUUUUUUCCCGCAAUAUUAACAGUACGUGAAGAAUUGCAAACAACUGAAACAGUUAUAAAUGCAGUAGUUGCCAUAUUCGUAUAUCUUAUGGGAAUUUCUCCAUUGUUUUGGGCAUCAUAUUCAGAUUUAAGAGAAACAAGAAGAAAAGUUUAUUUAUUAGCUAGUGCUAUGUUUAUAAUAGCAGCAUUUUUAUGCAUUUCGGUGACUAAUAUUUGGUGGUUAAUGAUCCUUCGUGCAUUACAAGCAACUGGUUCUUCAGCUGUAUUAUGUAUUGGUGCAGGAACUCUUAGCGAUAUUUACGUCCCAACAGAACUUGGUACUGCAUAUGGAUUAUUUUAUUUUGGAUUUUUCGUAGGACCUUUAAUUGGACCAUUGAUAGGAGGAUAUUUAACACAAUAUGUUCAUUGGAGGGCAAUAUUUUGGUUUUUAACAAUAUAUGGAAGUACAUUAUUUUUGGUAAUUUAUUUAUUUUUACCAGAAACUUCAAGACCAAAACAAACAUCAAAAAUUCCAUUAUCAAAAUUACGAUCAGAAGAAAUUUCAUUAUCUUUACAAAAAUCUUUUAAUCCAUUAUCACCUAUAUCAUUAUUAAAAUAUCCAAAUCUUACAUUAAUAAUUUUAUAUAAAAUUUGGGUAACAUCAACAAUUUAUGUACAAAAUAUUCUUAUACCAGAAAGAUUUGCUAUAACUUAUGGAUUAUCAGCAUCACAAAUUGGUUUAGUAUUUUUAGCACCAGGUUUAGGAUUAAUGAGUGGUAGUUUAGUUGGUGGUAAAUUAUCAGAUUAUGUAUUAAGUAAAAGAAUGAAAAAAAUUGGUGGUAAUUAUUUACCUGAAUUAAGAUUAUAUAGUGCUUGGUUUGGUAGUAUAUUAAUUCCAUUAGCAUAUUUUAGUUUUGGUUGGUUACUUGAAAAUGGCGUAUCUAUUUUUUAUCCUUUAUUUACAAUGUUUUUAGGUGGGUUUGGUACUUUAAUGGCUUUUAAUCCUACUUCUACUUAUUUAGUUGAAUCUUAUCCAACAAGAAGUGCUUCAAUUGUAGCAUUAAAUAAUUUUAUGAGAGCUUUAGUAGCUGGUAGUAUGUCUGCUCUCGCUGCUCCUUUAAGUGAUGCUGUAGGUACCGGUUGGACUUUUACUUUAAUGGCUAGUGGAAAUGUUCUUACUAUAACUUUUUUAAUAAUCGUUUAUAAUUAUGGUAGAAAAUGGAGAGAAAAAAUACGUAAAGAGAAUCCUAGAUAAAUAAUUAUAGCUAUCUUAGGUUAGGUUAUCAAUUUAUUAUUAGAUUUUAUAUAAAUUAAAAAUAAAAAUAUUGUAAAAAAAGCUUUUUUUUGAUGUUUCAAAUUAUCAAAUUUUUGAAUGAAAAAUUCUCAAAUUUUCUUCCCUGUAAAAAAAGUCAAUCCGUUUUUUUUAUUCCAACUUUUUCCGUAAAAGGCUCAUAUUUCCGGAAUCAAUAACUUUAUAUCAGAAUUAUUUACAUUUUCCGUGAAUGGAU